AAGCUUUGUGAUAAUUUCGCGCCAUUUCACUCCUCCUCGCUAUUCACCGUGUUCUCCUUCUAUGGUGAAGUUCGAAGUGCAACUCUCAGCAUGCCGAAAACAGAGAUGGAAGCUUUCCUAGAUGAUGGUCCCAAACAAUACUUUAUGUUGAUUGACAAAACUGCCAUCAAUCCUGUUGAUGGUGUUGAAAGUGAUGCAGUCUUUUACAAACUCCGACAUCCUUGCACAGAUAACAGCAGCAUAUUUCUCUUCACUCAUAAGAAUCAAAAUGUAUUUGAAGUUACAAACUACAAAGAAGAAUUUCGCUCUUGGUUAUUUAACAAUUAUGUUGUUGAAGAUGGCUCCCUGUUGUUUGUCACACCUGUUGAUCCCCUUUUCCUUAUUUUACCCUACUUAAUAAAGGCAGAAAAGAAGACUGGCAAGUUUAUGACUAUUGAUCACAUGCUUGAAGAUGACCAGUAUGUUGACAUACAUCACCUUUCUGAAAGUGUGAGAGUAAAAAAUCUCUCACUAAUCACAGAUGUUAAAAAAAGUGAUAGUAUUGUUGCUUGUCGUUAUUCUGAGGAGAAAACUUUAUCUUGGCUCCAACGUAAGGUACAAAGGGUAGCGAAAUUUUUGUCUGAAAAAGGGGUGCAUGUCUCAGAAGGUGUUGCACAUUCAAAGACAUACGUAAAGUCCAUGAAAGAAAAUCCUCAUUUAAAAGAGGAAGCCAUGUUAUAUGCAUUUGGUAUGGUGUCUAAUUACAUCUGUGAUGACUUGCAGAAGAAAUUGAAAGAGAAACUAGGUCUUAAAGAUGAAGAACUACAGAAUCCACCACCGAAAAAGAAAAUUAAAAUUGAUAAUUCUUUGGGGCCAUCUGAAGAUUAUAGCCAGAUGAAGAAAACCACAGAACAAACUAAAAGUCAGAAACAGACAUUGGCCCAAAAGAAACUCAGCCAAGUUGAUAAAUCAGGAAUGAAGUCAAUCUCUAGUUUCUUUUUGAAAUCAAAAUCUUAACCGAAUUCCAAUUCUAGUUACUGGUAUAGCUGCUUAAUUAGAGCAACAUGUGUUAAUAGCACAACACACUAAUGCAAUGCAUUAGGACUAGUAUUAUAUAAUGUACAUGUGUGUGUGUGUGUUUGUAU